UUAGUUUUGAAAGGAUCGCCUAUCGCCCUUCGCGCUAAUCCAAAGGGUGUUAUGCAACAAUGUAUUUGUGAAAGACUUAGUUGUUUAGUUGUUUGUCGCAGUCCUUGCUCAAUACAUCCGCGGCGAAUUGCACUGAUGGAUUUGCGUGAAUGUCCAAAUUGUCGAAGUGUGCAAUUAAGUGAAGUUGCCUGAAAAGCACCCAAAUUUUUGAUUCUAAAAUAUGUUUUUGAUUU